GCUUGUUGGUAAACUGACCUGCCCCGGAUGUUAAUCUGAACCAGUUUUGCUAAAACAUCUGCUGAUUGAUCCCUGUUGUCCCCGUCUGCUGAGAACAUGUCCGACAGUGAUGGCCAGGCACACGAGCCUGCUGGACUGGAGGGUCUGCCACCAUUACACAGCAUUUCCAAAGGAGAGGUGGUCUCUGUGCAGACAUACGGAGCCUUUGUAAGACUGCCAGGCUACAAGAAGGAAGGCCUGGUACAUGUGAGUGAGAUGUCAGCAUCGAGGGUUGAGAAUGCCUCAGAGAUUGUCGAUAUGGGGGAAAAGAUUUGGAUUAAAGUCAUUGGGAGAGAGAUUCAAGGCGACAAGGUGAAGUUGUCCUUCUCAAUGAAAGCUGUCAAUCAGGGAACAGGACAGGACUUGGACCCAAACAAUGUUAACGGAGACCAAGAUCAGAGGCGACGUAGGAAAUUCAGAGAUCACACAGGCAACAGGAUCACACUGGAAGCUGUUCUCAACACAACAUGCUCAAAGUGCGGCUGCAAAGGUCACUUCACAAAGGACUGUUUCUCCACUCCGGGCUUGCAGUACGCUCUGGUGCCUGAAGAGGACGAUGCAGCGUCACGGCAACAACAACCACUGCUGACCCCAGCUGUUGCACCACAGCUAGACUCAGACAAAAAGAAAAAGAAAAAGAAGGAGAAGAAAAUGAAGAAGAAGAGGAAGAGGGAGAGGAAGGAGUCAGGGAGCGACAGCAGCAACAGCACCAGUGACGAAUGCAAAUCCAAGAAGAGACGCCACGAGCACGACAAAGAGGACAAGAAGAAGAAGAAACACAAGAAACACAGAUCACACAAACACAGCUGAGACAGCCGCACAUACAUACGCAACAUACAUAUCUUUAGUCACACACACUGCAGCUAUCACACAGACGCAGAAGAGGAAGUGGUUGGCAUCAGAAUGCCAGAUAUGUAUCUUUUUUUUUUUUUUUUUAAAUCCCUCCACUUACAGCUCAAUAUAGAUAUAUUCGACCAUAUAGGUUAACCCAUCUUAUUUAAAGCUUGCAGACUUCCUAUCAAAUUUCCAAACUAAUUAUGUCCAGAGGGUAAAGGGUUGCAAAAUCACGAGCCCCGCUUGUCCUAAAGUAACCUCUGGCUCCCACUCAGAGGGAGGAGUGUACUCAUACUGUAUGUAACAGGAUAAGUGAAACCAAUAUGGCUGCAAGCGGCUUCCCGCAUGGAAUCUAGAUAUUGUUUUACAUCAGACUUAGAUUUAAAAUCCUUAAAGUAACCCCCUCAGAGAAAUCCACACACAAACAGGAAGUAGUACAGACAAACAGGACGUGUAAUACCGCACAUGUGAGCGUGACAGGAUCUUCAGGUUGUGAUGAUAUCCUGGAGCUGUAUUCAUUCAUUGACCAUUAGCAUACGUGUGUCUUUGUAUAGCUUUGCCUCCAGGGGAUGCUUUCAACACUCACAGCCGUUUUCCUGCAUGUCAACUGUUAACUCCAUUAAAGUUGUUUUUAUUUGUAAACAGAA